GACCACCGCAACGGCUAGCAAACAGCUGCCCAUCGAGCUCCGUCUCCAUUGCUCCUUCCUCUUCAUUGCUCCUUCCUCCCCAUUGCUCCUUCCUCCCCAUUGCUCCUUCCUCCCCAUUGCUCCUUCCUCCCCAUUGCUCCUUCCUCCCCAUUGCUCCUUCCUCCCCAUUGACUUGUCUCUCUCCAUCACAUACCCACACAGUCAUCAUGCUCUCUACAUCACGAACUGCGCUGCGUCAAGCUGCGACCAAGCAGUUCACCGUUAAGGCCGGUGCGCGCGCUGCCUCCGCGUGGUCGAGCGUGCCGCAGGGACCUCCAGAUGCCAUUCUUGGUAUCACAGAAGCUUUCAAGGCCGACUCCAACCCCAAGAAGAUCAAUCUUGGUGUUGGCGCAUACCGCGACGACAAGGGCAAGCCCUACGUCCUGCCCUCCGUGAGGCAAGCCGAGAAGAAGAUCGUUGACUCAACCCUCGACAAGGAGUACGCUGGCAUCACGGGUGUCCCCAAGUUUACCAAGGCUGCCCUCGAGCUCGCCUACGGCUCUGACUCGACUCCUCUCGCUGAGGACCGUGUCGCUGUCACCCAGACCAUCUCCGGUACCGGUGCCCUGCGCAUUGGUGGUGCCUUCCUCGAGCGCCACUACCCUCACGCGAAGGCCAUCUACAUCCCUACCCCAUCAUGGGCAAACCACGCGGCUGUCUUCAAGGACUCUGGCCUCAAGGUCGAGAAGUACAGGUACUACAACAAGGACACCAUUGGCCUCGACUUCGAUGGCAUGGUCGCCGACAUCAAGGCCAUGCCCAAGAACAGCAUCGUUCUCCUCCACGCCUGCGCCCACAACCCCACUGGUGUUGACCCUACUGAGGAGCAGUGGCUGAAGAUUGCUGAUGCUGUCAAGGAGGGCGACCACUACCCCUUCUUCGACAUGGCCUACCAGGGCUUUGCCUCCGGUGACACCAACAAGGACGCCUUCGCGCUCCGUCACUUCAUCAAGGAGGGCCUCCGCCCCUGCCUUGCCCAAUCUUUCGCUAAGAACAUGGGUCUCUACGGCGAGCGUGUCGGUGCCUUCUCCAUCGUUUGCGAGUCUGCCGAGGAGAAGAAGCGCAUCGAUUCUCAGAUCAAGAUCCUUGUCCGCCCAUUGUACUCCAAUCCUCCCGUUCACGGUGCCCGCAUUGCCUCGGAGAUCCUGAACGACUCUUCCCUCAACCAGCAGUGGCUCGGUGAGGUUAAGGGCAUGGCCGACCGCAUCAUCACCAUGCGUGCUCUCCUCAAGGAGAACCUCGAGAAGCUCGGCAGCAAGCACGACUGGAGCCACAUCACAUCCCAGAUCGGCAUGUUCGCCUACACUGGCCUGACUGCUGAGCAGAUGGACAAGCUGGCCAAGGAGCACUCCGUCUACGCUACCAAGGACGGCCGUAUCUCGGUUGCCGGUAUCACCAGCGAGAAUGUCGGGCGUCUUGCCGAGGCCAUCUACAAGGUCAAGGGUUAAGCACCUGGUUUGGCGCGCUUUCUUGCUUCAGCGUUCUCGGAUAUUCGGCAUAGCAUGGCGUGAAUGGUACACUGUACUAUACAGCAACAGGCACUAGGCUAUAUUGCGUAGUGCAGACCAAAAUUUACGUUCAGCUUCACGACUUACGACAACCUCUCCAGCUGCCCAUCAUCUUCACCAUUCUCUCGUUUCUCGAAGCUUCACUGAUCUGCGUAGGUUGCUUACCCCCACAUGAUUCGGCCCCCGGCUUCAAAGCUUCCUACGGAUCGGCAGUGCUCGCUUCCCUGCUCCAUGCAGGACACCCCACAUGUCGUUGGGCCUGAUGCUCCCAUCAGCACAGAGUAGAUCUUGCCCCACAGCGGUAUAGCUUCUGCCUCACCGCGUAUCUCGAACAUACAUAUGGGCUCACGUACAACAGCA